AGCAGCGAGUUUUGUUCUAGUAUUUACCCCGCGGUGUAAAGUUGGCUCUCGCGCUCUCCGGUGUCCUUAAGUCACGUUCCAUUGUUCGCGUCGCUUCUUCAAGUUUCUCUCACACCGUGGAGAAUCCCCAUUGUUCCUGGGCUUGUGCUUUUUAGUGGUUGAACGCCAUACGAAUUGUGCGCCAUGUUCGCGCCGCGAACAACACGCGAUUCACCGGUUACCGUAGCAAGUGAUACGUUUUUUUCGUAAACAAGUUGUGUGUGCGUUUAAAUCCCACUCUGGAUUUUACUGGCGGUGUGUAUGACUACGUAUUCUUGCCGUUAGGAAGGCAAAAGUCUAGUGGUAGUAAACGACGAGGCGAGAGCACGCUGUGGGAUCGUGGAAUGCGCGCUGACAGAGAACGGAGGCUCGUUAACCGGAAGGGUUGGAGGGCAGAGCAUGAGGGUCGGCGUGGAAACGCGGGAGGAAGAUUCACAGCUCGGCGAAGCGGUUAAUGACUGGCGGUCACCAAACGCAGUUGGACACGUCUCCACCGGUUGGAGAUGAGCACGAAGGAAGCGAUCAGCACGAUGACGACCACCGUUUCUUCAACGGGGGCGACGCUCGCGUCGUCGCCGAAGCUCGACGUCGAGGCAGAGGACGACGAGGAGGAGCCAUCGACCACGUUCGACGCGUUGGAUAUGGAUCUGGUGAACGGACCGAAUCCGUGGCUUCCGGCCUAUGGCUUCCAGCUGCAGCAUCGCUCCCAUUUUCAACCUACGCACGAGGAUCUACGGACUAAUGAUACGGUGCUGGUGCAGCAAGUGGAUUUUCUGGAGACCAUUUUAGAAGAAACGUCCGACGAUCUGCAAAGCGAUUCCGAUCGAAGUGGAACCACUUACUGGGUCGGCUCGGACUCCGAAACUGAAAGCGUGAUACACAUACGAGCGAAUAGAUUAGCUGACGAAAGGUUGGACGGGAGCGGGAGCGAGUGCAAUUCGGGGGCGGCGAGGAAGAAGAGGCGAAGGGGCGGCAAGUACAACGGCGGCAACGAGCGGGAGCAGCAGCAGCGGGAGCACCAGGCGGUGUUUGACGAUUAUCCGGCUUCGCCGAGAUCGUCGAGAUCGUCCGCCUCCUCGAGAUCGAGCUCCCUCCUUCAAUUCGAGUCGUUGGAGAGGACCUGCGCCACCCUCUCGCCCUCUAGCUACAGCUUCGACUCGUUGGAGUAUCCGAACCGGUCGAACGCCUCCCAUCCCGGGAACACGUCUCCGGAUAGCCUCGAACAGGACUACGACAAGGCUCUGCCAAAUGGUUUUGGAAACGUGGACCACUUUUCCAGAAUCAGGCCUUACCGUAGCUUCGAGAGUCUGGACACGUGUCAGAAGGAGGAGGAGGAGUUCGGCCACGGUUGUCUCACCAAUGGCUUCACGCCUUUGUACCUGAAACGAAACGCGGAGCUGUCCAGGACACGCAGCAACGGCUACCACCGCCCCUCAAGGGAUUUUUGGCACGAAGACGACGAAUACGAGGACAACGACGACGACGACGACAACGACGACGACAACGAGGAGGAGGGCCACGCGGCGACUGUUAUGUCGGCCACCACGACCACCACCACCACCACAACCAACGCGAAACCGCGGCUGUUCGUCACGCCGGCAUCACCCGUCAUCGUUGGGCCAACCGUCGGGAACAACGACACGUCCGCGGCAAGAUUUCAACGAAACAUGGUCGUCGACGCGUCGUCCGCGACCACCGUGAAGGAGGAGAGGAAAAAGGGUGGAUUGGGUGGAUUUCUUCAACGUUUCUCGAGGCUACGGUUCAGUGGUAGAUCGAAAGUGCCGCGGUCCGAGGUGCAAAAAAAGAGUGAUACGAUCGGCCAAGUGAAUCGCGCGAAGGUGACCGGCGAGGAGAAGGUUAAGAAGGAGCCGGAUUAUAUCAUCAUUCCGUUACAUCCUCCGGAGGAGGAGAGGCAAAAGCAGGAUCAACAACAACAACAACAACAACAACAACAGAACGUUGUUGCCGAGAGUAGAGCCGAGGACACCGGGAAUGGCAGAACUGUCGCCGACGUUCAACGAAGUACCUCCAAUAUUAGAGAAACUUCGUCCCUUACGUCGAGAACGAAGAAUAAAGUGUUGCGCGUCGAUCGACGUUGACUUUGACCUCACCAAUUGUUUACACGAUUUCGCGCGGACAUAUAGAGCCCGGUAUGAAUCACGGUUUGUGCCGCCUUCUAUGGCUUCGACGCACGUAAACAUUUAUCUUUCCGCGCGGUGGAAAAUAUGUCGACACCAUUUAGCUUUUCCAUUGUCGUUUAUUUGAACGUUUCGUUCGGUAUAUUGUACGAGAAGACAACGGACGAAUGUUUCGCGAAGAUAUUUUUUCGCACGCGAGGAACAAUAAACCUAGAAUUCGCGAUACGCGUGUGCGGUUAUAUCGGUGUGUGGUGUGUAAUCUAACCUCGGGUGCAAAAUCGCGCAGACGUUGCUCGAAAGCCUAUAACGUAAUAUGUCUUACAUAAUUAGCGGAUUAUGAAAGGAAUCUAUACAUACAUAUACAUAACCUUAUACGCCUCGAUCUUCAGUUUCUACUUGGCCGUAUCGUUGAUAGUUACCAAUGAUUAUAGUUACGUUAUACUUGCAAUGCCUUAUGCGUUUAACACGUUCAGUCGGAUUUUCAUUACCUAUGUUGAAUGAAUAAUCGUCUUACAAAGUCUAUUUCUGUAUCGUGAAAUUUUAUAUAUGUUUUCUACAUAUAUAUAUAUAUGAAUAUUCUGAUUUAUUUACGGAUCGAUUAUGCAAGUGUGAUUAAAAUUCGUAUUCGAAUAGUUUAUUUGAUUGUGAAAAUACAUUCUCUCUGAAUAUACGUUAUAAACGUCCCACGAAUUCGUUUCCGUGGUAGGUUUCCCCGCUAAAUAGACAACAAUAACGAGGUCAGCGAUACCGACGGAGGAGGCUUUCGUAAUGGCGGUCACAAUUGAACAGCUGCCGGAGAAUAACACGCUCUUUCACCCACUCCUCUCCCGAUUUUUUUUAAACAUUUCUUUAUCGCACAACUGCGAUAAUGAAUGAUAAAAUUACAAUAGUACCACAACGAUUCGCAACA